AUUUUAAUGAAAGUUUCAGUAUUGACCAAGACGAACCAUUAUUCAUUCAUGAUUAUUUGGCUGCUAUGAAGGCAAAACAUUGGUUAGAAGAACAAGAUUCUUCAGAAAUAAUAGAAUAUGAUGAUGAUA